UGACGACACUCUCGAUAACCAUGGCGGCCAUGUUCUACGAAGGCACCUUACAGAGUGGCAUUGGACAGGCUAUCCAGCAGCAGAAGCUCGUGGCAUGCUUCGUCCGAGACGACGGCGCAACGAGCAAGCAGUGGGAAGAUGAGUGGCUGAGGAGCGGCUGGCUAGCAGGCCUCCUCGAGCAGAAAGCCAUCCUCCUGCGCCUCGAGAGCGGAUCGGCCGAGGCCGGAUUCCUCGCUGCGUUCUGCAAGAUCGGGAGCGCGCCUACGCUCGUCGUCAUCCACAACGGGACGCUGCAGCUCCAGCUUGGGAGCGAGGUCGGGCAGGAAGAGUUCGUGAACAGCGUGCGCCGGGUCUUGGGCGCAGCGCCCAUCCCCGGCGCGGCGGCUGCGCAGGCAAGCACUGCGCAGGCAGAGGAUGACUUGUAUGGGGAGGACGGACCUGCAGUGGCUGCAGCGCAAGCGAACAGCCCCGUGCCAGCGCCGCCACCAGCACGAGCGCCGCCAGCACGAGUGCACACCCCAGCGACGACUGCCCCGACACCAAACGCCAGAGGCAAGCAACGAGCCGAGACGGCUCCCCAAGCCGGCCUUGCCGCCUCACCCGCGACCACGACCUCUGCCCAGCAAGCAGCGCGCGCUGCCCUACAGAAGAAGAAGCGGGAAGAUGCGGAAGAGCUCGCGCGCGUCAAAGCACGCAUAGAGCAAGACAAAGCCGAGCGCAAAGCGCAGGCCGAGGCACGGAAAGCCGAGCGAAGCGCAGAGAGCCAGACGUCCCCCCCGUCCCGGACGACACCCUCGAUCUCGACCUCAAUCUCAACCUCGACCCGCGGCGCGCAGUCGCAGACGGUCAGCCUCAACGUCCGUCUCUUCGACGGCCGCACAAUCCGCGCCACCUUCCCGCGCACCGCAACGCUGGAGACCCAAGUCCGCACGUGGGUCGACGCCGAGUGCGCAAGGCUGUCCCAAGACGACCCUAACACGGCCCACGCCGCCCUCCCGCCCUAUUUCUUCCGUCACAUCCUCGCGCCGCAGCCGGCGCGCGAGCUCUCUGCCGGCGACGAGACCCAGGCCCUCGGCGCCAUCGACCUCGCCCCGACCGCAACCCUGGUCCUCGUCCCCGUCAAGGGCUACAGUGACGCCUACGCUGCUCCCAGCACGAACCUGCUCGCGGGCACCACGACGGGGCUCGUCAGCGGCGCCUUCGGGCUGCUGAGCACUACGGUGGGAUAUGCGGGGAGCGUGCUGGGCGCGCUGCUCGGCGGCGCGGGGUCGCCGCAGACAAACACCGGGCACACCCUUGACGCGCGCAGUGCGAGUAGUGCGAGUAGUGCGAGUAGUGCUCCGCAGCCCCCAGAGAGAGACGACGGCAGCAUCAGGGUGCGGACGCUCGCCGACCAGCGCGCGCGCGAGCCGCGCAGCCAGCAGUUUUACAACGGGAACCAGUCGAAUAUCGAGCCCCGGCCGGACGACCGGGGGUGAUGAGUGGUGCAAGGGGAGCAGGAUGCGUACCUUGCUGGAGCCUGAAACGCAGAAACAUCAAGCAAUCGAGACGAAGGCUGCGUUGGCCGGUACUCAGACUCCACCCAUCUUUUUUUUCGUGUAAUCCAGCGUCUGCAUCGUCUGAGCGCGUCUUGAUUCCUUCGUGCGUUGUGCGUGUAAACAUGUGUUCCGCCUGUCAUCGCACAUAUCAAUGCCUCUUUUCCCUCCUUGCCAAUGAUUGCUUGACAACUCCCACACUCUUCUUCGACAGCGCAUCACAAGCCCAGCGCUCCACUGCA